UUUGCCUUUAUGAGACGGCCAAUCAACUGUUUUCUGUGCUUUUAACAUUUAAAUAUGUGGAAAGUUGAUAUAUGAAUAAAACGAUUUUAGAUAAUUCAAGUUGAUCUAAUCAGUAUGAAUGCAGAUAAAGUUUGUAUAAUAAAAAUUAAAUCUGAUUAUUGAUGUUAAGGAGUAUCAUGUGUUCAGAUUGUAAGCAUAUUUGGAUUAAUUAUACAUUUAAAAAUGUGUAGCCAUAAUGGUAAAGAAUUGAAAUGUCUGUAUGUCUCUUCAAAUAUUAAAUGCUAAAAGAAGUUUUCGUGGUUAAAGGAAAAAAAUAGACGAGACAAGUGAACCUAGUAAAACUUAUAACACAUAACACUGAUCAGUGAAUGUUACUGAAAUUGCAUAUCUUCUAGUGAAAACUGGAAUAAUGCUGUUGAAAUAUAAACAUUGAUUUUAAAAAGAUUGUUUGUUUUGUUUCUGAAUUGUAAUUCUGGAAUUUCACAAAAUGAACAAAUCUUGUAUAAGUCCAUCAUGUGUGAUUUUAAACGCUUCUUUUAGCGCUGAAGAUUUUUCGGACGACGAUAACUACUAUUUCUACGAAGACAUCGACAAAUUAAAACAUUCUUGGAUACAUGAGCCGCAUUUUGUACCAUUAGUCACUGUGUACGGAGCGGUUUUCCUUUUCGGGAUUUUGGGAAAUGGAAUGGUUAUAUUUUCGGUAUUAGGCUCAAGGUCGUCACGGUCGGUAACAUUUACCUUUAUGGUCAGUCUAGCGUUGGCGGACAUUUUAUUUCUCCUGGUAGUUGUACCGCAUGAGACGCUAAGGAUGGUACUAGGGGAGUGGCCUGGGGGUCGGGCUUUCUGCAAAGUUUCUGGAUUUAUUGAAAUGCUAACCGCUGUGGCAUCAAUUCUUAAUCUCACCGCUGUGAGUUUUGAAAGGUAUUUCGUCAUUGUAAUGCCAAUGCAGAGCAGGCGGAGAUGUACGAUCGGGAAAACAAGAAAGCUCUUGGUAACGGUGUGGAUUUUGUCAACAUUUUUGUCUGCACCAGCGCUGUAUGUACGGGACACGCAACAAACAACCUACCACAAUAAUGACACUUCGGUGACGCUAGUAUUUUGUUCCGAUCAUGGCCUCAGAGAUCACCAGAGAUUGUACUUCGCCAUCUACCAGCUGAUGAUAAUGUUCGUGGUUCCCACUGGAUCAAUGCUUUUCUGCUACACCGUUGUUAUUUAUGUCCUAUGGAUCAGUGGAAGGACUUUAGUGAAUUUAACCUCUACUUCUCACUCGUGUCGGAGCAUUCCUUUCCGAGAAACUGAACAAGGUUCAAGCGGUUCGUCAUCUGACAAUAUACCAGUACGAUCGAGAUGUAGAAAGUUUGUUAUGCGACGACAAUACAUCUCGACCAACGUAAAUGUAAGAGAGUCCAUAAUCAAAGGCAGAAAACAGGUAAUCAAAAUGCUCAUAACAGUGAUACUGGUGUUUUUGAUAUGUUGGGGUCCCCACCUGAUAUUCCGCAUUUUAAAGUAUUCAGAUUUUGGAGUGAAUAUAUAUACGGACGCUCAUUUCAAACUACAGAUCGCUCUGUAUUGCCUACCAUUUAUACAAUCUUGCCUGAAUCCAGUUGUAUAUGGAGUCAUGUCAAAAAGUUUCAGACAAAGUGUCGUGACAUCAUGUAACAAUCACGUGAUCAUGUCGAAAUGCAGGGAUAGAAAGUCGCCAAUUGCAGAACUUGAGCUUGAAUCAAAAUACAUAAAUGGCUCUGUGUUGACAAAAGCUUUACGACAAAGUUCUUCAAGUGAUUAGAAAUCGUCAGAAGUGAUUAGAAAUCGUUUGUGAAAUUCUUUUAUGAAUGCUUACAUUUCCAUUGAAAUCUAUUUAUUUGUAAAAUUACCAGGAGUUUGUAAGGUUAUGAAGCUACUUCCGUGCUUAUGUUAUUUGAGUUAAUUUAUAACAGACUAUUGUAAAUGCAGAAAAAUUGGUUAUUUACUGUGAAAAAUGGAAUAUUUCUUUUUAACGUUGUUUUAAUGUAAC